AUGUCCGCUCAGAACUCCGCAGGCAUUCAGACCCUCCUCGAUGCCGAGAGAGAGGCUCAGAAGAUUGUUCAACAAGACCGGACGAAGCGAGUAAGAGACGCCAAGUCGGAGGCGCAAAAGGAAAUCGAAGAAUACAGAACGCAGAAGGAGGAGGAGUUUAAGAAGUUCGAGGCCGAGCACUCGAGUGGAUACAAGAAGGCCGAGGAAGACGCAAACAAGGAAGCCGAGGUGAAGCUGCAGGAAAUUCAGAAGGCCGGCAAGGAGAAGGGCAGCAAGGUCGUGGACGACCUCAUUCAUGCGCUGACUGAUGUGAAGCCUGAGCCCUCAGAGAAGAUUGUGACCAAAGCAUAG